AUGGUCAAGUUACCCCUUUUCGAGCUCCGGUUGAAGACUAAUCACAAAAACCUAAUUCUAGUAAAGGGCAACGAAAAUGAAGUGGAAAACGUGCCAUUCCAAGGGUCGGUAAAGUUUCUGAUUCCCAACGAUAUGCAUGUCAAAAGAGUAAAGCUCAAGUUGGUGGGCGACUAUAAUGUUGAUUACAUGCAAAAAGUGCCCGGGGAAAUAGUUCCGGAUGCCAUCAUCGAUCAUUUGUGUGUGUUGAAAGCAAAAUGGGCAAACUUGUUAACUGACAGUGCUGGAGUUAUGGAAUACGGAGACUAUGGAGACCGGUUUAUACGCAUGCUGAAAUUGGAGAAGAAGGGAAAAACUUCGACUCCGGAUGGAAGCCGUCCUGCCGUUUUGAAAUCAAAGUCACAAUCAUCAGUGGUGAGAAACCAAGUAUCAUCGCUUGUAAAAUUACCCAAGAGUGGUGUUGACGGUACCCCAUUUGCCGGGCAAAAAACCUCAUUUCACCAUCUGUUUCUUCUUCCUAAGGGAAACUACAACCUUCCUUUCAGCAUUAUUCUUCCAGCAAAUGUGGCUGAAACAGUCGAAGGACUCAGGAUUGGCCGCAUUCGAUACCGCUUGGAGUGCACUAUCGAAAGAGGUAUCUUUGACAAGCCAAUAACUUUGGCGAAGCACGUUAGAAUUGUCAGAACUUUGCAUCCUCAAUCACUCAAUCUUACCGAUCUGGUAGACAUCAAUAACAGCUGGCCCGGUAAAGUUGAGUAUCGAGUAGAAAUGCCACGGCGAGGUCUUGCCGUUGGAUCCUCUGUUCCAAUUCGGUUGGUGAUCUUGCCUCUAGCCAAGGGACUCAAACUCAAAAGUCUUAAUGGUUGUAUUGUUCAACACAGUCAUGUUGAGCAUCUGUGGGGAAGGUCUCCUGAGUAUGAGGAAAUUAUUGGCAAGCAAGACUUGAAAAUCAACCCAGGACAUGCCGAAGAAGACUAUUGGGACAUUCGAACCCAAUUUCAUUUACCUGAGAGUCUUUCCAAACUAACUCAAAGUUGCGAGCCGAAAUCUGGAGCCAUUCUGGUGAAACAUAGAGUCCGCAUUUCUAUCCAACUCCUGAAUCCGGGCGGACAUGUCAGUGAGCUUCGUGCUAAUCUUCCCGUCUACAUAUACAUAAGCCCUAACAGCGGAACGGUGACUGGUACUCACUUGAAUGUGGAGCCUGUUCACAGCAAUUUCGUCGAAGAUGGAGAAGAUACUCUUUUCAAGCAUAACACGCGAGAGCAGGAAGAUAAUAACGACAUGGAUCGAGAAGACUCGGCUCCGCCAUUGUACCAGAGUCAUGUUUUUGAUAGAGUCUACAGCACCACCACGAGCCCCGUUGGUCUGGCUCCGACAAGUCCAAUGCCGAUCAUACAAUUGAGUCCCUCACAAGAGCCAGAUAGUUACUUUUCUAUCACCACCAGUGGGUCUCCUCAACUGGUCAGGUCACCAAGCGCAGGAACACCACUUCCUGAUGUGCCUCCAAUUUACGAGGACGCUUGUGACGAAGACGAUGGUGAAGGUAUCGAACUUGCACCCACUUAUAGUGAUGGACUGGGCACAAGGUCCAUGAUUAUGAGAGCAUACCUGGCAGAAGCAGAGGGUAAACGGUUCAAGUUGAAGUUGGGAAAAAACAAACAUGAACUAAAAAAGGAAAAGAAAGAUGACAAGAAAAUCAAGACCAAAGGAAAUUAG